AUAUUUUGUAGUUUAUAUUUCAACAUGGUAUCAGAGCCUUCCAUUUCAAUUUAGUUUUCAGAUUUCAAUUUAGUUUUUCAGAUUUCAGUUCAGAAUUCAGGCUGGGUUCUUUCUCCAAGAACUUCAGUUAACUUCAGAACCUUACAACCAUUCUGCCUACAGAACCUCUGUCCAGAUCCUCAUUCCAGAACAUCAAUACACCCUAGAACCAGAACCUUUGUCCAGACCAACACCAUCCUAACCAGUUGCACUCGCGGCUUCUGCACGCGCCGUCGAUUGAAGCUUCAUAACUGGCCGGCCCUUUUUGAUCGGAAGUCUCCAUCUAGGUCGCCUGAGUAUUCUCUGCCAGGCAAAUCCAUUCUUCCGAUUUGCAAGCUUUUGGAUCGCUUCUGGAGGUUGGCGACGCAGAUAUUUUUGGGAGGGGCUGCGUGUCUACUUGCUGGUAUCAUUAUAUAUCAACGAGGCCUACAUAAAGUCACAAACCCAGACUUUGCCAACCAUCUAUUGAGUUGCCACUGGUAAGUCUUAAUUAGCUGUAUUUAUUUAUUUAAAAAAAAACAAAAAAAAAACAAAAAAAAAAAAAAAAAAAAAAAAAGUCUUGUACGGGUCCAUUUGGCAGAGGAGUAAUUAUAUGCAAUUACUGUAAGAAGCCCGGACACUUGAUCAAAGAAUGUAGAAAAUUGCUGUUCAAAAAUCAAGGAAAUCAGCUUGCUCAUGUUGCUUCCGCUACCAGUUCAUCUGAUGGAUCAGUUGCUAUUUCUUCAGACGAGUAUGCUAAAUUUAUUUGCUACCAAGAAUCUCUAAAGCAUUCAUCUACCCCUAUCUCGGUAGUCGCAAAUUCAGGUAUUUCAAACACAUGUCUUGUUUCAUCAUCCUCAAAAUGGGUCAUUGACUCAGGUGCCACAGAUCAUAUGACUGGUAAUCCUAGUCUAUUCUCAUCAUUUCACUCACAUUUACCUGCUUCCAGUGUCACUUUAGCAGACGGGUCUACCUCACCCGUUCUUGGAUCUGGUACUGUUGUACCAACUUCUACAUUACCAUUAUCGUCUGUUUUGAGUCUUCCUAAUUUUGCAUUUAAUCUGCUUUCCAUCAGUAAAAUCACACGUACUCUUAAUUGUUCUGUAACAUUUUUUCCGGGAUAUUGUGUGUUUCAGGAUCUGUUAACGAAGCAUACUAUUGGUCAAGGACAUGAGUCGGGUGGUCUUUAUAUUUUGGAUACAUCAAUUACAAAAGGUAUCUCUUGCCUUGGGGUUGGAAAUCUAUUAGAAGCUCAUUACCGAUUAGGACAUCCAUCUCUCUCACUAAUGAAGCAAUUAUAUCCUCAGUUUAAUAAAGUGUCUUCUAUACAAUGUGAGUCGUGUGAGUUUGCUAAACAUCAUCGCACUAGUUUAAGUCCCCGACUUAAUAAACGAGCAAAUGCUCCGUUUGAUCUUGUCCAUACUGAUGUUUGGGGGGCAUGUCUAGUUGUGUCCAAACCUGGUUUCAAAUAUUUUGUCACUUUUGUUGACGAUUAUUCUCGUAUGACAUGGGUGUAUUUUAUGAAGCGCCGAUCCGAGUUAUUUACUCAUUUCUCUGCAUUUUGUGUUGAAAUUAAAACUCAAUUUAAUGUUCUUGUUCGUGUGUUAAGGGGAGACAAUGCCCAAGAAUAUUUAUCUGCUCCAUUUAAAUCUUUUAUGCUUCAACAUGGCAUUAUUCAUCAAACUUCAUGCGUAGACACACCUCCUCAAAAUGGAGUUGCUGAAAGAAAGAAUCGACAUCUGUUAGAAACUGCAAGGGCUCUUCUAUUCCAAAUGAAUGUGCCUAAACAAUUUUGGGCUGACGCUGUGUCUACUUCAUGUUUUUUGAUCAAUCGUAUGUCAUCUUCUGUUUUGGAUGGUAAAACUCCUUAUCAAUGUCUUUUUCCAAAUAAAGAACUUUUUCCUAUUCCACCUAAAAUAUUUGGUUGCACUUGUUUUGUUAGAGAUGUUAACCCUCAUCGGACGAAAUUGGACCCCAAGUCAUUGAAAUGUAUUUUCUUGGGUUAUUCUCGAGUUCAAAAGGGGUAUAGAUGUUUUUGUCCAAGUACAGGUCGAUAUCUUAUUUCUAUUGAUGUCUCAUUUCAUGAAAAUACACUAUUUUCAUCAUCCAAGACAGAUAUUCAUGAGGACAACGAUGAAAUACUCAUUUACACAGUUACUAUACCUGAGACCACACCUUCAGUAACUAGACCUCCUGUACACUUGGUUUACACCCGUCGACACAAAGCACAAGAUCACUCCCCACCUGUGACACCUUUGAUUACAUAUCCUGAUACUGGUCCGACUUCGAUCUCAUGUCCUGAACCAGUACCUGCAUCUUCAGAUCUUGUCUCUACAUCUGAUCUUGACCUCCCGAUAGCACUACGUAAAGGUACACGGUCUUGUACUCAUCCUAUUUCCUCAUUUGUGUCAUACAGUCAGUUAUCUCCUGCCUCAUGUUCUUUUGUUGCUUCCAUUGAUUCUAUUUCUGUUCCCAAAUCUGUUAAAGAAGCUUUGUCUCAUCCUGAAUGGCGUCAUGCCAUGGUAAAGGAAAUGAAUGCUUUGGAUCUUAAUGGUACUUGGGAUUUGGUAUACUUGCCUUCAGGGAAGAAGUCUAUUGGAUGUAAGUGGGUCUUUGCUGUUAAGGUUAAUCCAGAUGGAUCUGUUGCUCGAUUGAAAGCUCGAUUGGUUGCAAAGGGUUAUGCUCAAACCUAUGGUGUUGAUUAUUCUGACACUUUUUCUCCUGUUGCUAAAUUAACAUCUGUCAGGUUACUUAUCUCACUCGCUGCAACUCAUGAUUGGCACUUACACCAGUUGGACAUUAAAAAUGCAUUCUUACAUGGUGACCUUCAGGAGGAAGUUUAUAUGGAGCAACCUCCGGGAUUUGUUGCUCAGGGGGAGUAUGGGAAAGUUUGUCGACUUCGCAAAUCUCUUUAUGGUCUGAAACAGAGUCCUCGUGCAUGGUUUGGGAAAUUCAGUCAAUCCAUAGAACGGUUUGGAAUGAUAAAAGGUCAAUCAGAUCACUCUGUCUUUUACAGAAAAACGAAAGCAGGUAUCACAUUGCUUGUGGUGUAUGUCGAUGAUAUUGUGAUUACAGGAAGUGAUACCGCAGGUAUUUUGGCCCUUAAGAAUUUUCUUCAUAGCCAAUUCCAAACAAAAGACCUAGGCUCAUUGAAAUACUUUCUGGGUAUUGAGGUAACACGGAGUAAGAAAGGCAUAUUUCUAUCUCAGCGUAAAUAUGUACUUGAUUUACUAACUGAAACAGGGAAAUUGGGAGCAAAGCCAAACACAACUCCCAUGGUUCCCAAUGUGCAACUCACUUCAGAAGGCAUACCAUUUGAAGACCCAGAAAGGUACAGAAGAUUGGUUGGAAAGCUUAACUAUCUCGCAGUCACUCGUCCAGACAUUGCUUACUCUGUGAGCGUAGUGAGUCAAUAUAUGUCAUCUCCGACAGUUGAUCAUUGGAAUGCAGUAGAGCAUAUAUUAUGUUACUUGAAGGGGACACCAGGACGAGGUAUUGUUUACCAAAAUCAUGAUCACAUGAGAAUAGAAUGCUUUGCAGAUGCUGAUUGGGCUGGAUCUAAAGAUGAUAGGAGAUCCACAUCUGGCUAUUGCGUCUUUGUUGGUGGUAAUCUCGUCUCUUGGAAAAGUAAGAAGCAAAAUGUGGUUUCUCGUUCGAGUGCUGAAUCAGAAUAUCGGGCUAUGGCACAAUCGGCAUGUGAGAUAAUCUGGAUAAACCAUUUGCUGAGUGAAAUCGGAUUGAAGACACCAAUGCCUGCUAAACUCUGGUGUGAUAACCAAGCUGCUAUACACAUUGCCAACAACCUAGUGUUUCAUGAGAGAACAAAACAUAUUGAGGUCGAUUGUCACUUUGUUCGAGAAAAGAUACAACAAGGAUUGAUCUCUACAGGAUAUGUGAAGACUGGAGAGCAACUUGGAGAUUUGUUCACUAAAGCAUUAAAUGGAAUUCGUGUUGGUUAUUUAUGUAACAAGUUGGGCAUGAUAAAUAUCUAUGCUCCAACUUGAGGGGGAGUGUGAAAGACAUUAGAAUAUACUUUAGAAUAUACUUUAGAAUAUUCUUCUAUCCUUAGAAUAUACUUUAGAAUAUUUUAGGAAUAUACUCUAGGAUAUUAUUAUUGUAUAGAAUCUUAUAGGAAUAUUCUAUCUUUGUAAUCUAUAUUUAUAGGGACUUAACCCUCCAAUGAAAUACACAGAAAAUCUUUCCUCCUCUCUUCAAUAUUAUAUUUUGUAGUUUAUAUUUCAACAAAACUGAAACUACCUGAGGGGUGCACCGUGCAUCCGGUGUUUCAUAUCUCUUUACUCAAGAAGGCAGUAUCUCCUAACAUACCCUGCCAGCCCCUACCUACAUGCAUUUCAGAAGAAUGGGAGUUACAAGUUCAGCCUGAAGAAGUGGUGGAUUACAGAGUGAAUCCUGAUGGGCAGAAGGAAGUGCUAAUUCAUUGGAAGCAGCUGCCAGCUUUUGAGGAUUCUUGGGAAGAUUUAAACAAGUUUCAGAAGCAGUUUCCAACAUUCCACCUUGGGGACAAGGUGGAGGAACAAGAUCAGUGAUAGGUGGAGGAAAAAGAUCACCAGUGAGAUAACCAAGCUUGUGACCAUUGUAGCUAGCUCUGCCCAUCUAGUUUGUGGGCUGUUAUGUGGAGAGAUGAAAGAUCGCUCCCGGAAAAAGGAACAAGAGAGACAGAGGUGCAUCACUGAACUGCUGAGUUAGUGAUCGUAUUAGCAACCAUGGAAGUUUAUAGUCGAAGUCACCCAAGAAAAAAGAAAAUGAAAGAAGUUUCUGGGUGAUAAGAAGAAAAAUCGGAGGCCAAUAAACCCGUGUCUCUGAUAAUAGAAAAGUGAUGAGAUAGAAAGUUUCUGCUAUUUUUAUUAAUAAGAGACAGCUUCUUUCCUUUUAUAGGAUAAGAGUACAAGUUCCCG